AUGGGUCUAUUCACACACAACAAUGGCAAAGCAUCGAAGAAGGAGAAAAAAGAAAAGAAGGACACUGAGAAGGAAAUCAGCAUGCAGACAGGAAGUCCCUCAAAGCCAACCAUGGGUCUAUUCACACACAACAAUGGCAAAGCAUCCAAGAAGGAGAAAAAGGAAAAGAAGGACACUGAGAAGGAAAUCAGCAUGCAGACAGGAAGUCCAUCAAAGCCAACCAUGGGUCUAUUCACACACAACAAUGGCAAAGCAUCGAAGAAGGAGAAAAAGGAAAAGAAGGACACUGAGAAGGAAAUCAGCAUGCAGACAGGAAGUCCCUCAAAGCCAACCAUGGGUCUUUUCACUCACAACAAUGGAAAGCAUCGAAGAAGGAGAAAAAGGAAAAGAAGGACACUGAGAAGAAAUCAGCAUUUGACGCCCGAGCGGCAACGUAGCGACGUGUCGGCGGUGGGGGUGGCUACGACACAAGCGACACGUCAGCGACUGUGUCGUGCGACGACAACCGACGACGAAGAGGAUGACGAUGAGGAGGAGAGGGGGGAGCACAGGCGACUCACAGGAAACUAUGAAAUACCAGACCAUUCUCCCGGCAACUCAAUCACCAGUAUCAACUCCAUAUCGAGUCUUCUCAAGGAAAAGAUGGUUAUGUCAUUUCCUCGAGUUCUCAAGAAGCGACGCAAACCGAAGGAAUACAAAUUGCAGAGUUUUGUCGCGAUGCUCUUCACAAUAUCAUUCCUUGUGGGUUUUGCCCAUGUUUUUUAUCACCAACAGGUUUUACAGAGAGCCUAUUUCGAUAGAAUCCGAUUCAAUAAAGAGGAAAGACUUGUGCGUGUUUUCGACUCGGAAAGCGGACAGAUUGCGCUAGGCUACCUAGGCGUCCAGCUACCUGAUACCGACCGUGUGUUUCAUUGUCUACCCAACCAACAAAAAAGUGACGGAUCGGUGUGCAUGGAAUGGCUGAACCACGCCAGGCUCUAUCUGAACUACAGGGAGAGUGCCGGUCUGCGCUGUUAUCACAUCACCUGGACGAGUCUGCAGCCAGCUGAGUUCCCCACUGACUGCUACGAGGACGGCGACUACGGCCAUUGGUACGGCGGCGGACGCACACUGGGCAUGGCCUGGCCGGUGGAGUUGGGCCGUGUGGAGAUGUCGGCCUUUGUGACGGGCCACGUGGGCCGCCACCGGUGGGGGUCAGUGCUCAAACGCUACUUCAUCAACUCACGUGGGGUGGCCAUUGCAGUCGACGCCAACACGCCGCUCUAUGUCUCCAUCGACGAUGAGAAGACUAGGCUCUGUCUGCAGGCGCGUUACGACGACUUCGCCUACAUACGGCCGUCUGCAGACAGUUUGGCCGUACUCAACUAUUGGUGCACGUCGUCCAACAUGAAGCAGCUCCAUUCGUCGCUGUCGGAGAAGUCGCUGUGGGACGGACUGAAGCGGAGCGACGUCGAAGUAGUUCACUCUCUGCUCACCGAGCCUGUCUGGCAAAUAGCGCCACUGUCGCCUUCUCUGCUCACUGAACAGGCGGUCAUCAACUACACUGAAGCGGUCAUCGGCUUGGGAUUUGUGUCCUCAGGUCAUGUGUUACUGAACGAGUUUUGGCAAACCGAGGUUGGUGAUUUCACAGUUGACGAAGAACGAUUCCCCACCAUGGAGAAAACUAUUGACAUCUUUCAUCGUAGAGGAUUCCGUAUCGCACUAUCCAUCCAGCCCUACAUAUCGACCGAAUCCAUCAAUUUCGCCCCAGCAGUGCGCCAGGGUCUUCUGGUGACAGAACGAGGUCGUAAGCACAGGCGGGUGCCGGCGUUGACCAGCUACAAGUCGGUGGCCAGUGCGGGGAUGUUGGACAUCACCAACAACCAGAGCACUCCCUGGCUGCUCGACAAGCUCAACCAACUCAGGCAAAACUAUCACAUCGACUCCUUCUAUUGGGUUGUAGGCACAGCACACGACAUGCCGCAGUACUACCGGAUGGAGCGCAACCUGAACCCUGACCACUACAAGCAGCUGUUGACGGCGGCCAUCUUGAGUGGGCAACUCAGUGUGCUGGGGGUGUCGGGGGCAGUGGCUCGCCCCCCACCCGUCUUUGUCAGCCUGCCCUCGUUGCCAUCUACCUGGGAGUCUUUGCAGGUGAUAAUUCCGACAGUGCUGACUUAUGGUAUUAUUGGGUAUCCAUUCUUGUUGCCUGGACCUGUAGGGGGUGAUUAUCUCAUUGAAUCUCCUUUCCGAGACAGUCUAAUCAAAGGUCCACAACGAUGCCAUUAUGUUUUGACAAGACCUUCAUGAUUUUGCUCAACAAGACAUUCAUGAGUCACAACUUCCAGCAGUUCCGAAUCUUCAAUAAGAUGCCCCAGAGAAUUAGAC